UGUGUGUGUGUCUCUGUCUCUGUGUGUGUGUGUGUGUGUGUAGAGUUCCUAAAGACCAUCAUUACAUUAACCUGUCCGGUUAGUUUGUGAGUUUUUACAUGCUGACGUGUGUGUGUGUGUGUGUGUGUGUGUGUGUGUGUGUGUGUGUGUGGGUGUGGGCGGGCGGGCACGUGCGUGCGUGUGUGUUUUUUCCGGAAGCACGCGAGGCUGGGGAGACGGAAGUAAGAGGCUCGCCCAGUUUACCUGCGGACAGGUUGAAUAAUCCUAUCCCUUCCAAUCUGGCGUCGGAGGCGAAGAAAGCCGCCAAGAUCCUGAGAGAAUUCACCGAAAUCUCCAACAGGAACGGACCGGACAAACUCAUCCCCCCGCAUGUGAUCGCGAAGGCGGAGGGCCUGGCCAUCAUCUCCGUCAUCAAGGCCGGCUUCAUGAUCACCGCCAGGGGCGGCAGCGGCAUCGUCAUCGCCAGACUGUCCGACAGACGGUGGUCGGCGCCGUCGGCCAUCGGCAUCGCCGGUCUGGGAGGAGGCUUCGAGAUCGGGGUGGAGGUGUCUGACCUGGUGAUCAUCCUGAACCAGCGGCGGGCCGUGGAGGCGUUCACGAAGGGCGGGAACUUGACGCUGGGCGGGAACUGCACCGUUGCCGUGGGACCCGUGGGCAGGAACGUGGAGGCUGACGUGGCGAUCCGCAGCACGACGGCCAUCUUUACUUACUGUCGAUCCAGAGGUCUGUUUGCUGGUAUUUCUCUGGAGGGAUCUGGUCUGAUCGAACGCAAAGAAACAAACCGCAAGUUCUAUUCCCAAGACAUCAGAGCUUCAGCGAUUCUGAACGGUGAUGUGGAGCCUCCGUCCGAGUGCUACGACCUGUACCACAUCCUGGAGAGCUACACGGACGCCUACACCGCCGACUGGACCAACAAGAACAUCCGUCCCCGGACGUCUCUUCCUCCAUCCAGACCUCCAGCGCCAUCUCAAAGGAGAGCGGCGAGCGCUUACCAGCCACCGGUAGACAGAUCCCAGCCGCCACCGGUAGACAGAUCCCAGCCCCCGCCAACUAAAAACGCCCUCUACCCGAGCAUCUCUGUCUAUAAAUCUGAGACCUCCGGUCAGUUUGCCUCCAGAAACUCUCCAGACUACGGGGGCGGGGCUAGCGGGCAGCUCGUCGUCACGGCGAUCCACCCGUUCUCGGGGCAGCAGCCUGGCGACCUGAGCUUCGUCCCCGGCGACCGCAUCACCGUCAUCACCAAAACGGACUCGGAGUACGACUGGUGGGAGGGGCGGCUGGAGGACGGCACCGUCGGCAUCUUCCCCGCCAACUUCGCCUCCCAGUGACCCGUUACCACGGCAAC